AUGUCAGGCGCCAAUCGGGGUGGUUCUGGCCGCGGUGGACGGGGAGGUGGAGGUGGCCGUGGAUCCGGUGGUGGUCGAGGUGGUGGUCGUGGAGGAGGUGGUGGUGGUGGUGGCCGUCCUGCUGCUGGUAGUGCAGGUGGAGGUGGUCAGUCUGGUCAGUCUGGUCAAAGUGGUCAGUUCGGUCAGUCAGGAGGUACACCACGCCGUGAUGACCAUGGCAACCGUGGUGGACGUUCUGGUGGUGGUGGUCGUGGUGGUGGUAGUGGUGGUGGCGGUGGUGGUGGCGGUGGUGGUAAAGGCGGCGGCGGCAGUUCUAGUUCGUGGAAAAUGCUCCAAGGUGAAGCCACGCUGGAUGUCAAGUCUUGGGCCUAUGAGGAUGAAUGCAUGGGAGAAGCCCCAAAGGAACGGGGCAGGUUGGCUUUGCGGCCUGGCUACGGCAGCAUAGGUCGAGAGAUUCUACUGCGUGCCAACUAUUUCGCCAUGUCUAUCAAACCUGAGAUGAAAAUCUAUUCUUGGAUUGCCAAGAUCGAGCCGGCGCCCAGACACAAGCGACAACUUCCUGCAAUCUGGGCUAGAAUUUUGGCCGUUGGAAGGAUUGCUCAGGCGGCCCCUGCUACCGACUAUGCGAAUGAGUUGGUGACCAUCAGGGAUAUUGCACCUGCAGGUCCGUUGAACAUCCACAUCCAGGACGGGAACAGCGAGGCAGAAUUCAGCGUGACUCUGCAGAGUAACGGCAUAAUCAACAUGGACAGUUUCGUAGAGGAUCUUCGCGAACCAGCGGGGCGCUCCUUUGUCGAAAAUGAGGCCAUCGUUGUUCGACUUCUCAACAUCAUGAUGGCUACCAACCCAGCCACGGACUCGGGCAUCGUCACCCUGGGAAAGGGGAACAACAACCGCUUCUACUGGGUCGAUGAUCGUCAAGAAUCGGUUGAUCUGACGGCGGGCUUGAUUUGUCUUCGUGGGUACUAUGCGAGUGUGCGACUCGGUGCCGGCCGUAUCUACCUCAAUUUGAGCGUCAAUCACAGUGCCUUCUAUCGUCCCGGUCCACUGUGGGAAUUGUGCUUGGCCUUUUCCAGUCAUCACGGGCAAGACCGUCACCUUUUCCACCGGUAUCUGAAAAUGCUGCAAGUCGAGUGCAGCCAUCUCACUGACAAGACGCCAAAUGGGGCGGUCCCUCGGCGAAAAACGAUCUGGGGCCUUGCAGAACCCGGUGACGGAGCCAAGGAAGCUCAUCCACCGAGAAUCAAGCAGCUUGGGUCGUGCCCUAAUAAUGUGCAAUUUUACCAUAACACUCACAAAAGAUACAUGUCGGUUGAGGAAUAUUUCAGACUAGAAUACCGUAUGGAACUCAAGCAUGGCGACAAGCCCGUGGUGAACGUCGGCAACAAGCAAAAGCCUGUUUAUCUGCCAAUGGAUGUCCUCACUGUCCCCCCUGGUCGAGUUUUCCGGGGAGAGUUGAGCAGCGCGCAACGGCAGAACAUCAUCAAGUUCAGCUGUCGGAAACCCCCCGAGAAUUAUGACUCGAUCAUCGGGGACGGACUGGAAAUCACCGGAGUCACCGAUAGACGGACUGUGCCAUUCGAAUUCCAGGUCGGUUCCAAAAUGGCGGUCGUGGCAGCUCGGGUUUUGCCCGCGCCAGUCUUGAAAUAUCGUUCUGGCAGGGACACGCCCAAGGGCGGCUCUUGGAAUUUGAUCAGGAAGCAAUUCUCUCGGUACAUUUCUGUCAAUGGGUACGCGGCCGUGGUGUUCCAUAAAGAGUCGCGUCAAGACCAGAGCCUGGCGAACUGUUUCAUGGCCUUUCAGGACAAGAUGAAUGAGCUCGGAAUGGAUAUGAAGGGCGUGAUCUUGCCCCCUCUAUUCAUCAACCUGAAAAAGGAGCCCUUGACGCAAAUCAACCAAGUCAAUGAGAUGUUUGACAUGCUGAAGAAGCGACGGAUCACCUUUGCUGUCAUUCUCAUGCCUUCGGGUGUCGAGAGGGUCUUUGACUACAUCAAAUGGCGCAGCGAGACCGUUGAGGGCAUCUCCACUCAUUGCUGCAUGACCACCAAGUUCCAAAAGACAGAAGGCAGUGCCCAGUACUACGCCAACAAUGCCAUGAAGGUCAAUCUUCGCCUGGGAGGUGUCAACCAAGUUCUUGAAAUGCCAGCCUCUUCCCUGAUCGCCUCUGGUAAGACCAUGAUUGUCGGUCUCGAUGUCACUCACCCGUCCGCCACCGACCCCGAAACUUUCCCCAGCAUUGCCUCCAUUGUCGCAAGCACCAAUCCAUUGCUGGGUCAAUGGCCUGGCGAGGUCAAGAUUCAGGAGGCCCGCGUGGAGGAAGUUCAGCACCUCAAGUCGAUGCUGCUUGGACGUCUCCGCCGCUGGAGAACAGACAAUGGAAGUCUUCCCGAGAACAUUCUGAUUUAUCGGGACGGCGUCAGUGAAGGGCAAUACGAGAUGGUAGUGACGAGUGAGCUACAACAGGUUCGGGAGGCCUGUCGGGCUAUUUACGGUGCUUCCUCGACCCCCAGGAUCUCCAUCAUUGUCGGAGGAAAGCGCCACAACACUCGAUUCUUCGCUACCAAAGCGGGAGAUCUGGAUCGCACGUCGAACUGUCCCAAUGGCACCGUGGUCGAUCGUGGCAUCACUCGCCCUAUCUACUGGGAGUUCUUCCUCCAGGCUCAGGCUCCACUGCAAGGCUCGGCUCGUUCCGCUCGGUAUGUGGUCGUCCACGACGAGAUCUUCACCAACGCCACGGUUAGAAGGCAACACCUCGGCGGCAGCAGUGCCACAGACGCUGUCCAGGAAUUGACCCACAACAUCUGCUACAUGAUGGGUCGCUGCACUCGCUCCAUCAGCUACAGCACGCCCGCCUUCCUGUCUGAUCGGUUUGCCGAUCGUGCUCGCAAGUACGUUCGUGCUUACUACUGGGAGAUGGCUGUCCUACGAAACAACCCCCGACCUCCUGCGCCUGGAGACAAUGUCACUACACUUGCUCCGACACUUGCAGAGAAGAUGGUUUACAUUUAA